AUGUGUCUCUCCACCUCGAAAAUCACGUUAAGAAUUUGUCAAAAAUAAAUCUAGUUGCUUACCAAACGCAAAAGUGUCCAUUUGUUUUCUUCUUCAUAAAAACAUAAGCAGAACACAUACAACUUAUAAAGAUGAGCUGCAACUGAUAUUCAUCAAUAUUUAUGUACCCAAUUAAUGGAAAACAAGAAGAUGGUAUUAUCAAAACAAAUGGAUCCAAAGAUAUGGAGUAAAUUACCAGAAGAUGUGUUGGAAUAUUUGCUUUCAUUUCUUCCAUUAAAGACUUUCUUGAAACUCAGAUCAACUUGUAAGCAUUUCAACACUCUUCUUUUUUCACCUCCUUUUAUUUCCAAACACUCCCCUAAAUCUUCUAAUUCAUCACCUUUUUCUUCAUUUUUCUUACUUUCACACCCACAAUUUCCAAGACAGUACCCUCUUUUUGACACUGUUCACAACAACUGGAGAAAUUUAUCUCUUUGUAUUUCACCUGUUUUGCCAUCUUCUUCAUUUGUUCUUUUAUCUUCUUCUAAUGGUUUGCUUUGUUUCACUCGCCCAAGUUCUAAUUCUUUCAUUAUAACAAAUGUUUUAGCAAGAACUUCAAGGGUUGUUAAAUUUCCAACUUUGCCUUUUGCUUUUGAGUCCCUAACUUUGAUUUCUUCAAGUAAUAAUGGAUACAAGCUUUUUGUGAUGUCUACUGUUGGAUCUUCAAGCCAAGUUUUUGUCUAUGAUUCUUUGGUUCAUUCUUGGAGUCAAUUUGGAGGAUUUGAUCUGAUUUUAAAUGAAAAUCAUCAUCAAGAAGGUGUUUUUUAUAAAGGGUAUUUGUAUUUUAUUACCCCAGAGCCUUAUUUUAUAGUAUGUAUGGAUCUUGAUACUGGGAAGUGGCAAAGAUCCAAUUUUGCGCUGCCUAAUGAGCUUGCUUUUGCUAGAUUGGUGAGUGAUGGUGAUAGGAAAUUGUACUUGAUUAGUGGAAAUGGAAGUAAUGGGAUUUCAAGAAGCAUGAAGUUGUGGGAAUUGGAUGAAAAUUCCAAGAUUUGGGUGGAUGUUGAGAAUGUGCCAGAAUUGAUUUGUAAGAAGUUUUUAUCAGUUUGUUACCACAACUAUGAACAUGUUUAUUGCUUUUGGCAUAAAGGGUUGAUUUGUGUUUGUUGCUAUUCUUGGCCUGAGAUUUUGUAUUACAAGGUUGCUAGAAGGACUUGGCAUUGGCUUCCAAAAUGCCCUUCAUUGCCUGAUAAAUGGAGCUGUGGAUUUAGAUGGUUUUCCUUUGUUCCUGAGCUAUAUGCCUUUGUGUAAUAGUAACAUCAAUUGGUUCUAAAGGUUUUUGUUCUUUGACUCUCUUUA